AAGCGUGUCUAAUGAGAGGUUAUUUGACGUACGCAGUUGAUACUUUAUACUGGUUUAUAACUCACUUAUUAGGUAAUGUCCCAGAUUUAAUUUUCAAAUGGCUAGAGGAGACUCGUAUAUGUUGAUGAGGGAGGAGACCAAUCCAAACGUGUUUGUGGUGCAAUCGAAACAAGCUCGUGCGCCAAUAGCGUCGAUGGAACGAACAAGAAAACUCUUGAUUGCAUUCGUUAUUGUCAUGGGAAUUCUAAUUAUCUUCCUGGUGGUUGUGCUAGAGCACAUUAUCAAGAGCUCAAACGCAAAAACUGAGCAAACAACUGGGCCAUUCAGCAGCAAUUGCACGAUAACUUUAGUGGAAAGCAUUCCUGAAAAUGUCACAUUCUCAGCAGGAUCGGUUCAGAAUCCAAGCAUCUAUGAUGGCUGGAUGAAUCUCCUAGACAUCGCAGAGGAGCGGAUCGACAUAGCAUCGUUUUAUUGGACAUUACAAGGAAGCGAUACGAAAACCACAGAUUACAGUACCGAAGAAGGAGAGACUGUAUUCAAGAAGUUACAGGAUGUUGCUAAAGCAGGUGUUAAAAUCCGAAUUGUACAGACACCUCCUACUGAUGCCUUCCCCCAGAUAGACACAAAUAUCCUUUCCAAGGAAGGGCUUGCAGAUGUACGAUCAUUAAACAUAACACGUCUGGUUGGCAGUGGAAUCUUGCACACUAAGAUGUGGCUUGUUGAUGGUAAACACUUUUAUGUUGGCAGUGCAAAUCAGGACUGGAGAGCACUCACACAGGUGCAAGAGCUUGGCCUUAUCACCUACAACUGCAGUCUCAUGGCAAAUGAUAUGAGCAAAAUAUUUGAGGUAUACUGGGACCUAGCAAAAGACACAAAGAUCCCAAAUCCCUGGCCAAAAAAGUACCAAACAACCAUUAAUGUUGAUUCUCCGGCUCAAAUAAAAUUCAAUGGUUCCAAUGCAGCUUCAGUAUAUUUGUCUUCUUCUCCACCCAAGUUUUGUCCACCUGGUCGUACUGAUGAUUUGUCAGCCAUAAUACGAGUUAUUGACAGUGCCACAAAGUUUGUUUUUGUUUCUGUGAUGGAUUAUUUUCCAACAACUUUGUAUACACGUCAAAGAACUUAUUGGCCAGUUAUAGAUGACGCUUUAAGACGAGCAGCAUUUGAUCGUAAAGUACAUGUGCGACUGAUGGCCAGCCUAUGGAAUCACACACGAUCUGAUAUGAAAAACUACCUUCGAUCCCUGGCUGCUUUGAACUAUGCUAAUGAUGCUUAUGUCCAAGUGAGGCUAUACUCUGUGCCACCUUACACGAAAGAGAUCCCUUUCACCCGGGUGAACCACAACAAAUACAUGGUCACUGAGAGUGUGGCAUACAUCGGUACGUCCAACUGGUCAGCGGAUUACUUUCUGUACACCGGUGGCAUCGGUUACGUCAUCAACGAAACGGGAAAUAGCAGCAAUGUGCGUGCGCAGCUGCAAGCUGUGUUUGAGAGGAACUGGUAUUCAAAUUUUACUACACCAAUUUACGACAAGGAUUGAAUAAGCUCAAAACCCGGUUCUAAUGGACAAAUAGCUUUAUGAGAUUUACUCGUACCAUACAUAUUUACAACAUUUGUAGCCCUGCUUGAUUAAUUUUACUGGGGUUUUAUC